UUCUUUCACUCUCGUGUUUAUAUAUUCUUCUUCUCAGAAUCUCCUUUCUUUCCACAAAUUUUCUGUAACCAUCUCUCAAAUUAAAAAGACCAAUCCUUUAAUUAUUUUCCUUUUUAUAAAUACUCAAAUUAAAAACCUUACCUACCCUUGAAGUAAAGUAAAACCCCCUCUCUUUCUUAUAUCCACAAAACCUCAUUUUUCUCAUAAAACUUUCAUCAGUCUCUCAUAUCACUAAACACAAGGAAAGAUGAAGAGAGGACAUGAAGAAACAUGGGACCCAACACCACACCCACAACCACCUUCUGGUUCGUGUGAAGGUUCUUCAAUGACGGAUAACAUCAUCAACGGUAAGAUGGCUGACGACAACAACAACAUGGAUGAGCUUCUUGAAGUUCUUGGCUACAAGGUUCGGUCUUCAGAAAUGGCUGAAGUAGCGCAGAAACUCGAGCAGCUUGAGAUGGUUUUGUCUAACGAUGACGUUGGCUCCACUCUCUUAAACGACACCGUUCACUAUAACCCCUCUGAUCUAUCCAACUGGGUCGAGACCAUGCUCUCAGAACUCAACAACCCGGAAUCCUCGGAUCUCGACCCGACCCGGAUUUGCUCGGACAGAUCCGAGUACGGCCUCAGCGCCAUUCCUGGUCUCUCCGCGUUUCCGAGUGGUGAAGAGGAAGAAGCCAGCAGCAAAAGGAUCCGACUCGAAUCAGUCGGAUCCUGGACCGACCCGGCGUUGACUCGCUCCGUACUAGUCGUUGACUCUCAGGAGACGGGAGUGAGACUAGUCCACGCGCUAGUAGCCUGCGCGGAAGCGAUUCAGGAACGAGAUCUCAUCUUAGCCGACGCGCUGGUCAAAAGCGUGGGUACACUCGCGGCUUCCCAAGCUGGAGCCAUGGGGAAAGUCGCUACUUACUUCGCGCAAGGCUUGGCGCGUAGAAUUUACACGAACGACGUCGUCUCAUCAACGGUGGGCCCCUCUCUCGAAGAGGCUUUACAGAUGCACUUCUACGAGUCUUGUCCGUACUUAAAGUUCGCUCACUUCACCGCGAACCAAGCUAUCUUAGAAGCUGUGACCACGGCGCGUAGAGUCCACGUCAUCGAUCUUGGACUUAACCAAGGGAUGCAAUGGCCGGCGUUGAUGCAGGCCUUGGCGGUUAGACCCGGCGGACCUCCGUCGUUUCGUCUCACCGGAAUAGGACCGCCGCAGAGAGAGAGUUCGGAUUCGCUUCAGCAGUUAGGUUGGAAGUUAGCUCAGUUCGCUCAGGCGGUAGGUGUUGAGUUCGAGUUCAAGGGUUUAGCUGCUGAGAGUUUAUCGGAUCUUGAACCGGAAAUGUUCGAGACCCGACCCGAAUCAGAGACUUUAGUUGUUAACUCGGUUUUUGAGCUACAUAGAGUUCUAAACCGAACCGGUUCGAUAGAGAAGCUUUUAACCACGGUAAAGGCUGUGAAACCGAGUAUUAUUACUAUGGUGGAGCAAGAAGCGAACCACAACGGCGUCGUUUUUCUCGACAGGUUUAACGAAGCGCUUCACUACUACUCGAGCUUGUUCGACUCGUUGGAAGACAGUUAUAGCUUACCGAGUCAAGACCGAGUUAUGUCGGAGGUUUACUUAGGGAGACAGAUAGUUAACGUAGUGUCUGCGGAAGGAACUGAUCGGGUGGAGAGGCACGAGACGCUGGCGCAGUGGAAAGUCCGGAUGGGAUCCGUCGGGUUUGACCCGGUGCCUCUUGGAUCCAGCGCGUUUAAACAAGCGAGCAUGUUGUUAUCGGUUUUCGCCGGAGGAGAUGGGUAUAGAGUUGAAGAAAACGAUGGGUGUUUGAUGCUUGGGUGGCAGACGAGACCACUUAUUGCCACGUCAGCGUGGAAACUCGCUGAGUCACCACGGGAGUAACCGGGAAAAAAAUGAAAGUUGAAUAAAUGUUUUAAAAUAGGGACCGUAACUUUUAGCUAUGUUUUUUUUUUUACUGUUUAACCCGGACUUUGUGUGGUUUUUUAACCGUUUUGCCUAAAUGUUUACAUCUUUUUAUCGUUUUGGACCUUGUGCGUUAUCGUAGAAAGUGGAGAGAACGAGUAAAAAUCUUGUAUCGUAGCUCGAGCUAGCAGUUCUUCUUUUUCAAAGUUUCUUCAAUAAAUGGAAGGAUAACGUUCUA